AUGGACAAGCCUACCUUGUCGCAAGUUGUUCUUGGUCUCCUCGAGCCCUGGCAAUUUAUGCUUGUCGCUUGCUCUUACAUACCUUCGACAAUCUCCCACCUCUAUACCACGUCCAGUCUUACUUCGCUUUUAUCUUGGAACGCCUUUCAGGGCGCCUGGUUCAGCAGAUUUUGGUCUUGGGCGGGGCCGCGCAUUCGUGAAGGCAAUGGGCCUCGAAUCACUGCUCUGCUUGAAGGAAGGGUGACCGGCGCUCAAGUUGUUGAUGAGGUGGUAGGUGAGCCGAUAAGCGGGGUUGUCCUUGAUAUUGGCCCUGGCCUAGGGUACUGGGUCGACCUGUACGCCAGGACAGAUGUACCCCUUGUCAGCGAAGAUGACUCUGUCAGAAGAAGAUAUGGCAAAGGCAAAGGCAUCACGAAGGUCUAUGGAGUCGAGCCAAAUGCGCAAUCACACCCUGGACUUCGCUCGCGCGCCAACGCAGCAGGACUUGAAUACGUGUACGAGAUCCUACCUGUUGGUAUUGAAGAUAUUGCCAAAAAGACGGCGGUGAAGAAGGGCAGUGUGGAUGCUAUUGUCUCGCUGCUCUGUCUUUGCAGCAUACCCGAGCCAGAGAAGAACAUCAAAGAGCUGCACAGCUAUUUGAAGCCUGGAGGCAGAUGGUACCUCUAUGAGCACGUUGCGGUCAAAGGCUACUGGACAAUACAGCUCUACCAACGUUUCGUCAACUCGUUCUGGCCUCAUGCGCUUGGCGGUUGCCAAUUAUGCAGAGACACCGAGAAGUUGCUGCGCGAAGCUGGGUCAUGGUCGAAGAUCGAUAUCGCACAGCCACCUAUUGAGCCCUGGCACGCAGUCGUACCCCAUAUCUUUGGUACAUUGACAAAGUGA